GGAACCAGAAGCUACGGCAUGGGACGAGGAUACAACCGAUACGUCAGGAAACCUCAGGAGCCACGCCUGUUCGACCUCCUACCCGGAAUGGAAUCGACCCCAACCAACCCAGUAACUCUUAAACCAGAGAAAAAUAACAUUCAGGUCUUGGAGGAGCUUUGCAAUAAGAACCAAUGGGGCCCACCCAGCUUCACUCCCCUCUCUCACCGUACCAACAGUGAAGUCCAGCUCUUCAUCUAUAAGGUGACUGUUCCAGGUCUAUCAGCCAACUAUCCCGAUGGCCUUACGCCCCAGAAGCUUUGCCAGACCCCGGACCAGGCUAAGAACUUUGCCGCUGAGUGCCUGCUGGCUUCCCUCGGGGUUCCAGUCGAUGGUGACGAGAGCCAAUCAGACAGUCCUGUGCAGGGAAGCCCCUCCCAUUCACCCUCUCCAUACCCCGCCUCCAUCCAUCAUCAUCAUCAAAUUGGCUCACAUCAUAGCUCUUACCCAUCUAGCUCUGUUGUAGUUAGUGCAGGUGGUGAUGCCCACAACAGCUCCUCCCCUCACCCCUACCAGUCAGGCUACCACCAACAGGGAGGUUACACUCAUGGAGCAGGGGACAUCUACCAGCAGGUCUACCAAGGAUGAGGGACCAAACCACGCUGCUAAUUCAUCCCCUGACGUACUACUACGCACCUCACUAUCCUUAUCUUUUCCAAUUUUUUUCGAUCGACUGAUGUUUCGUGAUUUCUCGAUAUUUUCCUUUAUGUUGUUGUCUGUUGUAUAAUCUUUCUCAUAGAUAUUUCAAGAUAAAUCUUUUGUGUUUAGAUAUUGAGUUUACAAUUUAUAUAUCAAAAGUUUGAGUUUUAGUUAUUUCAUGAAAUUUUUGUGUUUAGAUAGAGUUUAUGAUUUUUAUCAACUUAAUGAUUUUUUUUUUCUUCAAACAAGUUUCAUAUAUACAACUCACAUUGCCUAGGCAAAAAGCCUUUGAACAAAAGCAUGACAAAAGGCAAAAACUACAUAUUUACAU